AUGGUCAGAAGCAAAAAAAGAACGGGCCUUCUGGCUGGUGGUGUCCGGAGAGAUGGGAACGAGGCCAUCUGCGAAGGAAUUGCAUGUCCAGUCUCUCUUGUUUUAACCCCCGCUGGACGAGCGUCGGAUGCGAAAUUCGAAAAAACGGGAAAUGAGAGAAAUGAGAGAAGACAGCUGAGGUUCGAGAAGAGCGGAAUGGACACCGUUCUCCUCCGUCUUCCUGCAAUUAGAGCACCUCCAUGUUCUUCAAGGCCGGCCCAUCGCAACAUGCACACUAAAACUCGAAACAGGUUUCCGGCAUUGUUGCCGCUGGCGAUCAGAGACGGAGAUUUUAGGUUGGACGAAGGUCAUUCGGCGUUACGCGAGCUCUGA